GUAUUUUCCAUAAUUUGGAAAAUGGAUAUAACCCAAGUAGUGAAAAAAAAGUUCUACAGGGUGAAACUGUAAGGGUUCGCUGCUAUCAUGGCUACAGUCUUCAAAAAUUAUCGAACAUAAUGACCUGCACAAGAGAGUGGCUGGUCUCCUCCUCCCAGAUGCAUCCGUGUCAAAAGAGAAUGCAGUAUUCCUGAAAUGGAUACAUAUUUAAAUGCUUAUCCCAGGAAAGAAACAUUUGAAGUUGGAGAUGUGCUGAAAUUCUCCUGCAGCCAAGGUCGAAUUAUGGUUGGAGCAGAUUCAGUUCAGUGCUACCACUUUGGAUGGUCCCCUAGACUUCCAACGUGUAAAGUAAGGAAAGUAAAAUCGUGUGCUCCACCUCCUCAACUUCUCAAUGGAAAAGGGAAAGAAAUACACAAAGAAGAAUAUGCACAUAAUGAGGUCGUGGAAUAUGCUUGCAACUCCAGAUUUCUGAUGAAGGGUUCUCAUAAAAUUCAGUGUGUUGAUGGAAGAUGGACAGCUUUACCUGUGUGUAUUGAGGAGGAGCGUACCUGUGGAGAUAUACCUGACCUUGAUCACGGCGAUAUCAAGCCUUCUGUCCCUCCCUAUCACCAUGGAGACUCGGUAGAGUUCAGUUGCAGAGAAGCAUUUACAAUGAUUGGACCCAGAUUUAUUACGUGUAUUAGUGGAGAGUGGACCCAGCCUCCUCAGUGCAUUGCAACAGAUGAACUUAAGAAGUGUAAAGGGUCAACAUUAUUUCCACCUGAGGGAAAACCAGCACAUACGAUUGAAUAUGACCAUAACACCAACAAAAGUUACCGAUGUCGAGGAAAAUCAGAACACAAACACUCAAUCUGUAUAAAUGGAGAAUGGGAUCCUAAAGUAGACUGCAAAGAAGAAGCACAAAUACAAACGUGCCCACCUCCACCUCAGAUUCCCAAUGCUCGAGAUAUGACAACUACUGUGAAAUACCAGGAUGGAGAAAAAAUAUCAAUUCUAUGUAAAGAAAAUUAUUUAAUUCAAGAUGCAGAAGAAAUUGUGUGCAAGGAUGGGAGAUGGCAGUCAAUCCCACGUUGUAUUGAAAAAAUUGGAUGUUCUCAACCACCUCAAAUAGACCAUGGAACCAUUAACUCAUCUAGCUCUGCAGAAGAAAGGAGAGAAAUACAUGAACAAAGGCUGUAUGCACAUGGCACGAAGUUAAGUUAUACUUGUGAAGAAGGCUUCAAGAUAUCUGAAAAUAAUGUGAUAAUAUGCCACAUGGGAAAGUGGAGCUCUCCACCUCAGUGUGUAGGACUUCCCUGUGGAGUUCCACCUUAUAUUCAGAAUGGUGUUGUAUCUCACAAGAAAUACAGUUACCAAUAUGGAGAAGAAGUUACUUACGACUGUGAUGAAGGGUUUGGAACUGAUGGACCUGCAUCUAUAAGAUGUUUAGGGGGGCAAUGGUCUCGUCCACAAGAUUGCAUAAGCACAAACUGUAUUAACUUGCCCACCUUUGAUGAUGCUGUACUCAUAGAUCGGGAGAAGGAUUCCUAUAAGUCAGGAGAACAAGUGGCUUUUAAGUGUCGAUCAUAUUAUCAGUUGGAUGGAGCUAAUACUAUACAGUGUAUUAAGGGCAAAUGGAUAGGAAGGCCAGCAUGCAGAGAUGUUUCCUGUGUGAAUCCACCUCAAGUGGAAAAUGCUAUUAUACAAAAUCAGAAGUCUAGAUAUCAAAGUGGUGAGAGAGCACGUUACGAAUGCAUUGGGAAUUAUGACCUUUUUGGGGAAAUAGAUGUCGUAUGUUUAGAUGGAACUUGGACAAAACCACCUCAGUGCAAAGACUCUAAAGGAAAAUGUGGGCCUCCUCCACCAAUAGACAACGGAGGCAUUACCUCACUCCUGCAAUCAGUAUAUUCUCCAGGAAUGAUUGUUGAGUACCGGUGUCAGGCCUACUAUGAACUUCAGGGAAACAGAAACGUAGUAUGUCGGAAUGGAGAGUGGUCAGAACCACCAAAAUGCUUAGAGGCAUGUGUAAUUUCAGAAGAAACAAUGAGAAAACAUCACAUACAGUUAAAAUGGAAACACGAUAAAAAACUUUACUCCAAAACAGAGGAUACUAUUGAAUUUACGUGUCGAUAUGGUUAUCGUCCACGGACAGCACUACAUACAUUUCGAACAACUUGUCGGGAAGGAAAGGUGGUGUAUCCUCAAUGUGGAUAGACUCAAUGCAGUUGUAAAACUGAAAUAUGUACAUGUAUUCAGAUUUUUCCUUAUUAAUUCAAUUUUGUUUAUUUUAUCAAUAUUUUUUUAACUCAUCUUGAAUCAUAAAUCAGAUUUGUGUUAAAUAUGGGGACAGUGUAAUUGAGAGAUGGGUCCAAUGAAUCACUUCCUAAAAGUACCUCAUUAAACUUGGCAAAUCAAAAU